AUGGCGCCACCAGUCCCGGAGGUCUUUCCGACAUAUCCUGAUCUGGCAGGCAAAGUUGCUCUCAUUACUGGCAUCGGCCAAGUCGGGCCUCGGGAUAGCCCUUUUUGGGGCAAUGGGGCUGCAACUGCUCGCUUACUCUCUCGGAACGGAGUCAAGAUUUUUGGCUGUGAUCUCUUCCUGGAAUCAGCUGAAAGAACCAAAGAGCGCUUGCUUGAGGAGAACGCCAAUGCCGUGGUAGAUGUUGUGAAAACGGAUGUGAUGGACCCUAAAGACGUCGAGGCGCUCGUCGCGGCCGUCAUACAAAGACACGGUAGAGUCGAUAUCCUCAUCAAUAAUGUUGGUCAGACUGCAGUAGGAAACCCAGCAGAUACGUCUGAAGAGCUCUGGGCUCGUCAGAUUGAUAUCAACUUGACCUCUGUUUACCGCCUCUGUCACCACGUCCUACCCAUCAUGCAAAAGCAAGGCUCUGGAAACAUCAUAAAUAAUGCUUCCAUCACUGCGAUGCGCUAUAUUGGGAAACAUCAGAUUGCAUAUGCGUCUGCUAAAGCAGCUGUCAUUCGCUUCACGAAAGCAACCGGGGUCAUGUAUGGCAAGGAGAAUAUCCGGUCAAACUGCGUGGUGCCUGGUUUAAUGUACACCCCGCUGGUCGACAACUUUGCUCAGAGCGACGACCCGGGAGAUCGAGAAGCCGCGAAAAAGAUAUUAGACCAUAAUUGCCCAAUGGGCUGGAUGGGAACCGGGCUGGAUGUAGCGAACGGGGUGGUCUGGCUGGCUAGCGGGGCAAGUAGAUAUGUGAAUUCUCACGAGCUUGUCAUAGAUGGAGGUAUAACUGAGAGCACUGGGACUGGGUUCUAUUGA